AUGAAGAUAACUUUUGCCUUCCAUAUUCUUGCUCUCGUUGCUGCCGAAGCCCACUACAAAAAUGAAGACGGAAUUUACGUUUUAGCCGGAGAAUGUCGAUCACAGAAGUCUGGUACUAAAGCAGGAGGAAAUGCUGAUAUCUUCAAGAAUGGGCGUUGUAAAUACGGAUGCAUUACUGGUUGGACUGGAACCAACGCAAAAGGCGAAGUUUCGGAAGACAAGGGAUCAGACUGCAAGACUCCUAAGUGCGACGAGGGUCAUUGUGGUACUCAUGGAAUCUGUGUCGGUCCAAAUAGAUGCGUCUGUUCUCAGCUCACCGCUCAAAAUGAAGAUGGUGGCUGCUAUUCUCUUCGAGUCAGGGGUUUGAUCGGCGCUGCUGCGUCUUUGGCUAUUCUGAUCGUCUGUAUCACAACUUGCCACUGUAUUCAGCAAGCUUAUGAACGCAAGCAUCCGCAGCCACAACUCAAGUCUGACUAA